UUUGAGACUGAUGUGAGAAUGGUGACGGAAUUGGAUGAGAAGUCAGGUCAGCCGGAUUUCGAGAAAAGACCAGCUAAAAGGACCUUUUCAGCAUCCAAGAAAUGGAAAGUCUGCUCGAAAGUAGUCCAAGAUUAUACACACCAAGAAGAUCAAUGGGCAUACAUUAUUGAGCAGUUCCCGAUUGAAAGAGCUAAGAGGUGGCGCUAUGAUAUGACUAAGAGGGAAUUCUUCUCUGAUGAAGUAGAAGUUAGGAUUGAUGGAAAGCCCUUCGCCAAUGGUGCAAUGAGAGAGUGUUUUCGAGCUAAAAAGCUGUCCAAGUUUGCAGCAAGAAGUGCUGAAGAAGAUUGGAAUCUACCUUUCGCCAAUGUUGUGGCUAAAAAGUACUUCAAAGAAUCAGACAGCAGUAUAGCUGAUUUUGCUCACAAAGAUAAAAAAGAAGAAUGGAAUAUGCCUUUUUCCAAUGUAGUAGUCAAAAAGUAUUUGAGUCCUGUUGAUAGACAGGCGUAUUUUGACGACAUUCAGCUGCAAAUGGACGCAAAAUUCUGGUCUGAGGAAUACAACAAAGCUAAUCCUCCCAAGAAGAUAGACAUCAUGCAGAUGAUGAUAGUUGAGCUUGUUGAUAGGCCCGACAGUCCUUUGUAUCACGUGGAGUCUGUUAUAGAGGGUGAGUAUGUGAAGUACAACUCCAACAGUGGUUAUGUGGAAAGCAACUCUCAGCAUAUUUGCCGGAACACUCCCCAGGCAUUUUCCCACUUUACGUUUGAAGCGUCGGGGCACAAGUGCAUGGUGGUAGAUGUACAGGGAGUAGGAGACCUGUACACGGACCCCCAGAUACACACCUACAGUGGGGAGGGGUACGGGAGUGGUAAUCUGGCCACUAAGGGUAUUGCUCUCUUUUUCAACACACACCGCUGUAAUGUUAUAUGUGAGGCUUUAGGACUAAGCAGGUUCGAUUUAACUACCAAGGAGAGGAAACGAACAACCACUACUGGGGACGGAAAAACUUGCCUGAGGAGUAGCUCGCUCAGCUCUAUGGAAAGUGAGGGGAAGUCUACAGUUGAGAGGGAUGUUUUUAUUGACAGCGGUAUUGACGAGGGUUCUAUCGGUAGAAAGGAAAACCAGUUUAACCUGAACAAUGUUGGUGGAGUGGGGCAGCAAAUACCAAAGAUUCGCUUGCCGUCUAGCAGUUUUGAUGCUCCUGAAGAUACCCCCGAUCAGGCCUGGGACACAGAGGAGCUAAAAAGAUCACAGCUGUACGGCUCAAACAACAGGCGUCCCUCCUGUGUGAUGAAAGCCACCAGCUCGCGCAAGCGCACGUGCGAUAUCAGUACUAGCGACACGUGCGAUAUCAGUACUAGCGACACGUGCGAUAUCAGUACUAGCGAUAUAAUGGACACAAGGGCUCCUAUUAAGGAGAAGGAGGAACGGGCUACCAUACUGGGACAGGUGCACUUUGAUCUGGCUCUCUACCACUACAUGGGACGGUUUGAAGAGGAUAAAACGGCUGAUAACAAGAGUGCUCUGUUCCAUUUGAAGACAGCCGCGGAUUGUGGUCUCAGCAUCGCAGAGUUCACUUUAGCUUGUCUUCAUUUGAACAUCUACCACGACGAGCUGAGAGAAUUGGAGCUCAACGAUAAUCUCGUGAGUGAGAGUGAAGGUAUUAUGUACAUGGAAAAGGCUGCAAAACAUGGAACUAUCACAGCAAUAUUGAACGUCGCUCAGGCUUACCAUCUAGGACUGUAUGGGGUCGAGGAGAAUUGGGUUAAAGCUGAGAAAUACUACAGAAAAUACACCGAAUGUUCUUCCGCUGGUUCAGAUAUGGACACACACGAACCAACAUACCAGAUUCUGGCUAAGAUAGCGGAAAUGUUUCAACACGGGGGACACGGUCUCAACAAGGACCCUCUCAAGUCAGGUUACCUGUUCACUGAGGCUGCAGAGACCGCCAUGUCAGCAAUGAACGGCCGUCUGGCCAACAAGUGGUUCAUGCUAGCUGAGGAGGUCUGGGCGGAGUGCGAGGAGGAGUGAUGACAUCAUAUUUCAUCGUGACGUCACGUUCAGAUUGUGACGUCACUUUGCCGAAACUAAAACCCUGACUGCAAGUCAUUUUAAAGACCAAACGUUUUGGACGUCAAGUUACAUUUUUUUGGGACUAAAUUUUAAUAUUUUGUCCUAUUGAAACGGUAACUGCAGCUUUUAUUUUCGUCCUGAGGACGGUUUAAUUACCAUUAUUAAGUUUAAGAAGAAGGCGGCCCAAAAUGGAAUCACUAAUCAACAAUGAAAACAUUUAUGUUAAAUUUUCUUGUUGAAAUUCAACUUAAACUUUCUUAUUCUUGAUUUUGGUCCACCGUAUGAUAUUUUUUAUUUAGACUUAGAGAGUCCCGGAUUUCAUUAAAACCCCGGUACAGAUUUAUAUUUUCCAUUUGCUAUUUUAAGCAUGUGUAAACAAAGCUUUCAGUUGUUUUACAUUUUUCCUUCAUAUAUUUGGUAUUAGUUAUGA